AUGUCAGCUCGAGUCCACCCUUAUAUUCAAUCUGCGGCUCUCCGGAACCCCUUGCCGGUUCAAUUUCGCAUCUACGUGUGGCCAUUUACGAUAUUAUGGCCUAUUUUCCUCGCCUUCUACCUUUCCCCUGAACGAUAUGAGACAUAUAUCCAGGCCCCUGAGUGGGCUGCUUUGUGGACCGGAUCUAUUGCUACCCUGCAAGCUUUACUAUGGCUAAUGACGAAGUGGAAUAUCAACAUUGACGCCCUCUUCACCACGAUAGCAGCCAAGUCUGUGAAUGAAGCACAACUCAUCAAAGUCAUCCCAGCCGCGAACGCAGGAUCCGCAGAGAUAUGCAAGCUCGUAAAAGACAAUGUUGGAGGGACUGAAGUUGACUCAUUUUUAUUCCAAAAGAGGCGCUUCCGCUACAACCUAGAAAAGGGGUGCUUUACCCCCUUACAGUAUGUUCUUGAUGCUGAGCCAAAGCCAACACUGGGAUACUUCCAGGAAUCUCGUGGCCUUACAUCACUUACCAAAGUCAACGAUGUUCAACAGCAUUAUGGAGAUAAUACCUUCGAUAUUCCAGUUCCUACCUUUGUAGAACUCUUCAAGGAACAUGCGGUUGCCCCAUUUUUUGUCUUCCAGGUUUUUUGUGUUGGUCUCUGGCUUCUAGAUGAGUACUGGUACUAUUCUCUAUUCACCCUAGUUAUGCUAGUGGUAUUUGAGAGUACAGUGGUAUGGCAAAGACAGAGAACCCUCACGGAAUUCCGAGGCAUGAGCAUUAAACCUUAUGAUGUCUGGGUUUUCAGGGAUAAUCAAUGGGUGGAAGUGAGCAGUGAAAAACUUCUUCCAGGCGAUCUGGUGUCGAUAAAUCGGACCAAAGACGAUAGCGGAGUUCCAUGCGAUAUAUUACUUGUGUGGGGAAGUGCCAUUGUUAACGAGGCCAUGCUUUCUGGGGAGAGUACCCCCCUGCUCAAGGAUUCCAUUCAGUUACGACCAGCAAACGACCGUAUUGAGCCAGAUGGUUUGGAUAAGAACUCCUUCCUAUAUGGAGGCACUAAAGUCUUGCAAAUCACCCAUCCAAAUUCGCAAGCCGGUCAAGAGAAUGGCUACCAGCCAUUAAAUGGAGCGCCUACUGCACCCGAUGAUGGUGCCCUUGGAAUCGUUAUCCGGACUGGCUUUGAAACUAGCCAGGGAAGUCUUGUUCGAACAAUGAUCUAUUCUACGGAGCCUGUUUCUGCUAACAAUGUGGAAGCAUUCAUGUUUAUUCUCUUCCUCUUGAUCUUUGCCAUUGCAGCAUCUUGGUAUGUUUGGGUGGAAGGUGUUGCUCAGGAUCGAAAACGAUCUAAGCUGCUUCUCGACUGUGUUUUGAUUAUCACCAGCGUCGUACCCCCCGAGCUUCCGAUGGAACUGAGUCUUGCGGUCAAUACCAGUCUUGCGGCUCUCAGCAGGUUCGCAAUCUUCUGUACCGAGCCAUUCAGAAUUCCGUAUGCCGGACGCGUUGAUAUUGCUUGCUUCGAUAAGACCGGAACUCUUACGGGAGAGGAUCUAGUUGUCGACGGGAUAGCGGGCCUGACUCUUGGCCAGACAGGGGUCCCCACAGACAAAUAUGGAGCACACACGACGGUUGCCAAAGUUACCGAUGUUCAUGAUAACACAACCCUCGUUCUUGCUACCGCACAUGCACUAGUCAAGCUGGACGAAGGUGAAAUCGUCGGCGACCCAAUGGAAAAAGCGACUUUGACAUCUCUUGGAUGGACCCUAGGCCAGAACGAUACGUUGACAAGCAAAGCUGGAUCUGCUGGAAGAACAGGCGACAAUCUCCUUGAAUCAGUUAACAUCAAACGAAGAUUCCAGUUCUCGUCCGCAUUGAAGCGCCAAAGCACUGUUGCCAUUGUGAAUACAUUUGACAAGCGGUCAUCCAAGCGAUCCAGAGCCACCUUUGUUGGCGUUAAGGGAGCCCCCGAGACCAUAAGUACUAUGCUUGUCUCCACCCCUGAGUAUUAUGAAGAAACGUUCAAGCAUUUCACUCGCAAUGGCGCAAGAGUCCUUGCAUUAGCUUACAAGUUCCUUUCCGAAACCGAAAUUGGACAAGGACGUAUCAACAACCUGAAACGUGAAGAAGUUGAGUCGGGAUUGCACUUUGCUGGAUUCCUAGUACUCCAAUGCCCUCUAAAAGACGACGCAAUCAAGGCCGUGCGAAUGCUUAAUGAAAGCAGUCAUCGAGUCGUAAUGAUUACCGGAGACAACCCGCUGACUGCCGUUCAUGUAGCGAAGAAAGUAGAGAUUAUUGACCGCGAGGUUCUAAUUCUUGAUGCCCCUGAACACGACACUAGUGGCACUAAGGUCGUUUGGCGAAGUGUCGAUGAUAAAUUCAGUGUCGACGUUGAUCCUUCGAAACCAAUCGACCCCUCUAUCCUGGCCGAGAAAGAUCUUUGUGUUACCGGGUAUGCUCUAGAAAAAUUCAGAGAUCAGCCGGCUCUCCUCGAUUUAAUUCGAUACACUUGGGUAUACUCCCGGGUGUCUCCUAAACAAAAGGAGGAGAUUCUGCUCGCCAUGAACGAAGCUGGAUACACUACACUGAUGUGCGGUGACGGUACCAAUGAUGUUGGGGCUCUCAAACAGGCUCACAUUGGUGUUGCCUUGUUAAACGGAACCCAGGAAGAUCUCAAUAAAAUCUCCGACCACUUCAGAAAUACAAAAAUGAAGGAGAUCUAUGAGAAGCAAGUGCAGCUGAUGCAAAGAUUCAAUCAACCCGCUCCGCCUGUCCCUGUUCAUAUCGCCCAUUUGUAUCCCCCUGGCCCAAAAAACCCUCACUAUGAGACGGCCAUGCUGCGUGAAGCCCAAAAGAAAAUCGCGGCUGGAGCAGCGCCAUCAGACGCAAACGGUGCACUAACUGUCAUUUCCCCUGGACCCCAGGCACCACAACAACCUGAUGACAGCCACCUAACUCCUCAACAACGAAAGCAAAAUCAAGCAUCUCUUGCUGCUUCUUCCCUGGCUGAUAAGUUGAGUGCGUCCAUGAUGGAAGGGAUGGACGAGGAUGAGCCGCCGACUUUGAAAUUGGGCGAUGCGUCCGUUGCUGCUCCUUUCACGAGUAAAUUGGCAAAUGUCAUUGCGAUCCCGAACAUUAUUCGACAAGGACGUUGUACUCUGGUUGCCACCAUUCAGAUGUAUAAAAUCCUUGCCCUGAAUUGCCUGAUUAGCGCCUACAGUUUGAGUGUCAUUUACCUCGACGGUAUCAAAUUCGGAGAUGGACAGGUCACGAUCAGUGGAAUGCUGAUGAGCGUGUGUUUCUUCUCCAUCUCUCGCGCAAAAGCAGUUGAAGGACUAUCAAAAGAAAGGCCACAACCAAAUAUUUUCAACAUAUACAUCAUGGGAUCAAUUCUGGGCCAAUUCGCGAUUCAUAUUGUUACUCUGAUCUACAUUUCACAAUAUGUAUACUCCAUUGAACCACGCAAAGAAAAGAUCGACCUAGAGGGCGAAUUUGAGCCGUCACUUCUUAACAGUGCCAUUUACUUGCUCCAACUUAUCCAGCAGAUUUCCACAUUCUCAAUCAACUACCAGGGCCGGCCAUUCAGAGAGUCUAUUCGUGAAAAUCGCGCUAUGUACUGGGGACUUGUGUUAACCUCAGGUGUAGCACUGUCUUGCGCGACUGAAUUCAUCCCGGAGCUCAACAGCCAGCUCAGGUUGGUUCCAUUUGAGCCCGGGUUCAGGGUCAGGCUCACAUUGACCAUGAUCUUGGAUUAUGUUGGCUGUUGGCUUGUGGAGAAUCUACUGAAGACAAAUUUCAGUGACUAUAAGCCAAAAGCUAUUGCUAUGAGGAGGCCUGACCAACUUGCCACCGAGGAGAAGAGGAAACAACAAGAAGAGGAGGAGAAGGAGAAACAGAAAGAAGCCGAGAAGAGCACAUAG